UGGUGUUAUUUGUGUGCGCCGGCUUGUUACUCGGUGCAGCCACUUUUCCUAUAAUCGGUGGGCGAUUGUUGUUUCGUAGUCCAAGUCAUGACGCAGUCUGCCACUCAACGUUUUGAGAGCGGCGGUGCGAUUCUUGGAGGGUCAACAGCAUGGAGCUUGAUGCGCAUGUCUUACUACUUUUGGACGUCAGACCUGGGCACAGAGUUGGGCACGGGAGUGCUGUUUGUAGCUGGUGCAGUACUGUGCCUGCCUGCGUGCUGGUUGGCCACCCUCGUACCUUACCACCCGCGUAGCCUGUCACUACUCGCGACUCUGAUGUUCCUGGCCACGGGAGCGUUAUUGGUGCUGUCUACAGGCCUAACGUCGCUAACUGGGUUGUCCCGUGUAUUGCGUGAACCCGAUCUGUUGAACGUGAGCAUGCGUCGACAACUUUCGCGAGAACAUUUUGAUACCGCAGUCAAGAGCGCUUUCGCUGCUAUGCAGCUCGAGCUGCAAUGUUGCGGUGUCUCCUCGUACAUGGACUGGUACGAACAUCACCGCAGCCUACCACCUUCUUGUUGCAACCGCGUAUUUAAUGGAAAGCGCGAGCCGUGUGUUAAUGCCGGUAACGCGAGCGGAUGUCUGCGCCCCGCCAUCUUCGAGUUACGCAACUACGUGAACGCCGUGUCUGCGCUCGCCUGCGUCAUCAUCAUCGUUCUGGCGGUAACACUGUUCGCUGGCGCGUACACCAUGGUGACGGGCGUGCUGGAACGCAGCGUGGACACCCGGCUGAAGCACCAGCCUACACCAUUGCGCCUUGCAUGUCUGCACGGCUCCGCGUUUCCAGGUGCACCUCCCAUUGUCUCCCUCACGUCGCCUGCAGCUAUACCCAACACCCAACAAAUGUGAGCAGCUAAUUCUUAUAAAACAUAAUUUUCAAAUGGAAACAGCGUCGCAUCUUCAACCUGGAUGUAAGGGGCUCAUACAAAACCAAACUAUUUGACAAAUGAAGAACCUACUACAAUAUUAUUGAUUUUGAACAUUCAAGUAUAAGCAAGCAAUUUAAGUCUUUUACCAAGCUUUAGCUCGAUAAUCAACUUAGAUACCUAAUUAAACAUAACUAGUAUGGAUAUGUUUCCUACUUCGUGAAAUGUGUAACAACGUAAGACUAUACUAUGUAAUUUGUUUUGAUUGUGGAACCUUACAAUUUGCAAAUUUUCUUAUCGUAACACGUGCUAGUACACAGAUCGCAUAAGUACUCUUUGUUGUUUUAAUUUUUGUAUCUAGGUGAUUAUUUGAAAUGAAACUCAGUUCACGUUUUGUGUAGGCAAAGUUAUAGAGCAAACAAAAUUCGUAGCAAAAGUCAUUAGCUCAAGAACAUGUCAUAAACAUUUUGUCUAUGCUACACCACGUAAAUUAAUUAUAAUUUUAUAUAAGUAAACAUUUCUUAAAAGAGGAUGUUACAAUGAUACUAGACUUGUGCAAAAAUAUGUUUCAACCAAAGAGCUAUAGGUAAGUUAGUUAUUCAUCCAACUUAUAUUUGGUAUAGUUAGUUGUAGGUAUCUUUAGGACUCUGCUAUCAAAGCGCUUAUUUAAGUUAAAAAUUAUUUAGAUUUCUCAUUCCCUGCUCAAACCAACCA